AUGAGCUGCAGCAAGAAGAACUGCAGCAGCAAGAAGACGACAGCUUCUUGCUGCAGGAGCAGCAGCAGCAGCAGCAGCUGCAGCAGCAGCAAGAGGAAUAUCAGGCAACUGAGGAUGCGUUGGAGAGCGAGCAGCAGCAAGUGCAGCAAGACAGCAGCAGCAGCAGCAGCAGCAGCAGCAGCAGCAGCAAUGAUGAUGCCUGGGCUACCACUCAGGACUUCACAGCAGCAACAGCAGCAGCAGAAUCAGCAGCAGCAGCAGCAGCAGCAGCAGGCGAUGGUUCUCUCUGCUCCGUUCCCUUUGACCCCCACGGCGACGAGCAGCAGCAGCAGCAGGAGCUGCAGCAGCAGCAGCAGCAGCAGGCUGUACCUGCAGCACGGCGACGAGCAGCAGCAGCAGCAGGAGCUGCAGCAGCAGCAGCAGCAGCAGCUGCUGCAGCAGCAGCAGCAGGAGCUGCAGCAGCAGCAGCAGCAGCAGAUGGAUACAGAGGAGCUGCCAGGCGGUUCGCUGCUCUUUCGUGAGGAAGAGGUGCUGCAGCAGCAGCCAGAAGAGACAGCAGCAGCAGAAAUGCAGCAGCAAGACACAGCAGCAGCAGAUGAUAGUCCUGCUGAGCCUGCUGCUGCUGCUGCUUCUGAUGUUGCUGCUGCUGCUGCGGAGGAAGCAGCAGCAGCAGCAGCAGCAGCAGAAGGUGCUGCAGCAGCAGCCAGAAGAGACAGCAGCAGCAGAAAUGCAGCAGCAAGACGCGGUUCGCUGCUCUUUCGUGAGGAAGAGGUGCUGCAGCAGCAGCCAGAAGAGACAGCAGCAGCAGAAGCGGUGCAGGCAGCAGAAGCAAACCACAAUAGCGACACAGGACAAACAGACUCAGCAGCAGCAGCUGCUGCUGCUGCAGCAGAAAUGGAGGAAGCAGCAGCAGCAGCAGCAGUAGCAGCGGCAGCAGCAGCAGCGGAAUCGACAGAAGCAGUAACAGGAGAAACAGCAGCAGCAACAGAAGCAACAACAGCAGCAGCAGCAGCAGGAACAGCAGCAGCAAUAUCUCCGCCUUCCUCCCGGCCGCAUGCAUCCAAGUGGGACCAACCGCCGCCGCAGCAGCAGCAGCAGCAGCAGCAACAGCAGCAGCAGCAGCAGCAGCAGCAGCAGCAGCAGCAAGAGGGAGAGACUCAGUCAGUAGCGCCUGAUCAAGGCAACAGCAGCAGCAGCAGCAACAGCAGCAGCAGCAGCAGCAGCAGCACAAGAGAAGGUUCUACGCGGCUGUCUUCGCGUUGGGGGCAGCGAGAGCCGAGGGGAGCAGCAGCAGCAGCAGCAGCAGCAGCAGGAGCAGCAGCAGCAGCAGGAGGAAAGAAGAGAGGGUUGUCUGCUGCAGCAAUAGCAGCAGCAGCAGCAGCAGAGUACUUCGGUGUCUCAGCAGAGGACCAGGAGACAGCAGCAGCAGCAGAAUCAACUGCAGCACAACGAGCAGCAGCAGAUACAGCAGCAGCAGCAGCAGCAGCAGCACCAGCAGCAGCAGCAAAACCACGAUCCUCCCGGGGUUUAUCUGCUGCAGCAAUUGCAGCAGCAGCAGCAGCAGAGUAUUUCGGGGGCAGCUUCGAUUCAGCAGCAGACAGUGCAAUGGCCGUAGACGGCGUCCCCAGCAGCAGCAGCAGCAGCAGCAGCAGCAGCAGCAGCAGCAGCAGCAGCAGCAGCGGUCCCCGGGCUUCGUUUGGUUAUAGGGGGGGAUUUAGGGGGCAGUAUACACUCACCGAGGAGCAGCAAGCAGCAGCAGCAAAAGAAGAAGAAGAGCUGCAGCAGCUGCUAGCAGCAGCAGAAGAGGAGGAAUGGAAUGAAGCAGCAGCAGCUGCUGCUGCUGCUGCUGCUACUAACAAACCCCUCACCCAUAAAGAUAUUUCCCCAGCUGGUGCAAUAGAGAUGUUGCCGGAGUAUACCGAGAAACCCUCGUGGCUGCCAUGGGAGGAUAGGGUGCGGCGAUCGGAGCAGCAGCAGCAGCAGCUGCUGCAGCAGCUGCUGCACCCACAGCAGCACCAGCAGCAGCAGCAGCAGCAGCAGCAGCAAGAAGAAGAGGACCCUCUCCAUAGAGCUAAAAGGCUGCGACAUAUCCUAGACAGCAGAAGAGACAACCCCGUCGGCUCUCUAUUCCUGCAGAUUCAGCAGCUAGAGAAGCAAGGAGAAGGUUUGAUGGUGAUGCACCCGCUAGCUGGGGAGACCCCCCCCUGGCGGCGAGAGGAGUGCAUGCGGCGUCACGAGGAGGCGCUGCAGGAGCAGCGGCUGCUGCUGCUGCACAGCAGCAGCAGCAGCAGCAGCAGCAGCAGCAGCAGCAGCAGCAGCAGUGGGAGUAUUUAUCUGAGAGAACUGCAGCAGCAGAAACAAUUCCUAGAACAAGAGCAGCAGAGAUUCACCGAAGCAGAGAAAGAAGACAAGCAGCAGAUUGAGCUGCUGCUGCUGCAGCUGCUGGAGGCUUAUUCUCCUUUUGCUGCUGCUCUCACUAUCAACAGCAGCAGCAGCAGCAGCAGCAGCAGCAGCAGCAGCAGCUAUCCGCUGCGUCUGUCUCCGCAGCAGCAGCAGCAGCGGCAGCAGCAGCUUAUGGAUGGUGACAGCAGCAGCAACGACGAUAGCAGCAGCAGCAAUGAUGAUAGCAGCAGCAGCAGCAGCAGCAGUGAAUCAGAAACAUCUGUUGCUGCUGCUGCUGCUGCUGCAUCACCAUCAACAAAAAGAAGAAAAAAACAGCAACAAAGACAAAGACAGCAGCAGCGGCAGCAGAGAAUAGCAGCAGAUCCUGCUGCUGUUGAUUGUCUUGCUUUUGUAAUACAACAUAUACCAAUAGAAGGAAAUAGAAGACAUGCAGCAGCAGCAGGAGGAAAAGCAGCAGCAGCAGCAGCAGCAGCAGCAGCAGCAGGAGCAGCAACAGCAGCAAGAGUGCAUGCAGUGCUGCUAAACUCUUUCGGAGAGAUAGAAACACACCAGUGCUUUGAUCGUCUCCUUUGUCUGCGUAUACAAGAAGAAAAAACACACCAGUGUUUUGAUCGUCUCCUUUGUCUGCGUAUACAAGAAGAAAACAGCAGCAGCAGCAGCAGCAACCAGCAGCAGCAGCAGCAGCAGCAGCAGCAGGAGGGGUUGACGAGAGAGCAGCAGCAAGCGCAGCAAGACAUGCAUCGCCUAUUAAAAUUAUUUAGGGAGUUUUAUAUUGAUGCUGUUGUUGUUGGGGUAAGAGACAGACAUUCUCUUCUUCUUUAUUAUAUAUUAAAACAAAUGCUGCAGCAGCAGCAGCAGCAGCAGCAGCAGCAGCAGCAGCAGCAGCAGCAGCAGCAGCAGAAACAUAAACCCUUCUUCCUGCUGCUGGCACCCCUAGAGAUACCCUCUAUAUGGGCAGGCAGCGAUCGGGUGUCUACGCACCUCAAAAGAAAAAUGAAUAGAGAAGCUCUUAUGUACUGUGCACCUCAAAAGAAAAAUGAAUAG